AUGGCCGCUCAAGCGAAGCCCUCUCAGCGCAUGGGGUCGUCUCCGCUCUACAUCGCCGUGUACAUCUUUCUGGUGAUGCUGGGGAACGUGGGUAACAGCACGGUCAUCGCAGUGGUCGGGCAAAGCCUUCUGAGGGAGACUGGAGCCGUCCGAAACUCUGACGUGAUUCUGGUCAACAUGGCUUUCUCCAACCUGAUGGUGUCGUUGGCAAGAAACUCUCUUCUGGUGAUCUCCGACAUGGGAAUGGAGGUUUUCCUCAAUAAAAACUGGUGUCGCUUCAUGAUGGGUGUCUGGGUUUGGCUGCGCUCUGCAAACGUUUGGUCGACGUUCUUUCUAAGCGUCUUUCAUUUUCAAACGUUGCGUCGGGUCGCCCCGCCCAUCACGAACGUGCACGGCCACCCCGGACCCCCCAGAUCCCUCAUAUUCGGGUUGUGCCUCAUCUGGAGUCUCAAUCUGAUCUACUCCAUCCCAGCGUUUGUGUUCUCCAAAAACGGAGACGAGAACUCCACCGAGACGCUGAUGUUGGUGAGCAGCACCACUCGCCCGUUGCUUGGCUGCAUCUGGGACUUUCCGUCAGUCUACAGCGGCCUGGCCUUCGCCACCUCCUCCAUGCUGAUCCACGAAUGCCUUCCCAUCUGCCUGAUGAGUGUCACCAACCUGGGCUCGCUGCUGACGCUCUACGCUCACGGACAAACACGAAGAGCCGCCAACAAGAGUCAGGACGCGCCAGUCAUCACCCGGAUCCCUGCGGAGCGACGGGCGGCUAAGGUGAUUCUGGCUCUGAAUAUCCUCUUUAUUUUGUCUUGGGGCGCCAGUGUCAUCUCUGUCAACUACUUCAACUACAACCGCAAAUCUUCCAGCUCUUCCACGGAGUUCCUGCUCAUCGUCGCUCGCAUCGCUAACAUCACCUUCAUCGCGCUGUCGCCCGUCGUCCUCGCCGUGGGACACAGGAAGCUCAGAGCGUUUCUGAAGUCAGUUCUGUCGCGUGUAAUCUGACAGACAGACCUCUCUCUAUAUGGACAGACAAACUACAGACGUCAU